CGCAGGCCGGGAGAGUCCGGCGGCGGCGGCAUCGCGGAGCGCGCCCCGUGGAGGACAGCGCGUCGGCAGAGGUUCUCUCCCGGCCCUUUCAGCCCGACACCUUGACUGCGGCCCCUCCGGUGCAGAAGAUGAAUAAUCUUUCAUUUAGUGAGCUAUGUUGCCUCUUCUGCUGUCCACCUUGUCCAGGAAAAAUUGCUUCAAAAUUAGCAUUUUUGCCACCUGAUCCAACUUACACACUAAUGUGUGAUGAAAGUGGAAGCCGCUGGACUUUACACCUAUCAGAACGAGCUGACUGGCAGUAUUCUUCUAGAGAAAAAGAUGCUAUGGAAUGUUUCAUGACUAGAACCAGUAAAGGCAACAGAAUUGCCUGCAUGUUUGUGCGUUGCUCACCCAAUGCCAAAUACACCUUACUCUUCUCACAUGGAAAUGCUGUUGAUCUUGGUCAGAUGAGCAGCUUUUACAUAGGAUUGGGAUCACGGAUUAACUGUAAUAUAUUCUCAUAUGAUUAUUCUGGAUAUGGUGCAAGUUCUGGGAAACCAUCGGAGAAGAACCUCUAUGCAGACAUAGAAGCUGCUUGGCUUGCUCUUAGGACAAGAAAAGGAAACGAUCUACUUUUGAUGUCUAGAGAAGUAAUGUUUCUUACAUUUAAUGGAAGAUAUGGCAUUCGCCCUGAAAAUGUGAUUAUAUAUGGCCAAAGUAUAGGGACAGUACCAUCUGUGGAUCUUGCUGCUCGAUACGAGAGUGCUGCUGUUAUUCUUCAUUCUCCUUUGACCUCAGGAAUGCGAGUUGCUUUUCCUGAUACCAAGAAAACCUACUGUUUUGAUGCAUUCCCAAAUAUUGACAAAAUCUCUAAAAUAACCUCUCCAGUAUUAAUAAUUCAUGGGACUGAAGAUGAAGUCAUUGACUUUUCACAUGGCCUUGCAUUGUUUGAGCGUUGCCAAAGACCUGUGGAGCCUCUGUGGGUUGAAGGGGCAGGUCACAAUGAUGUGGAACUUUAUGGACAAUACCUUGAAAGGUUGAAACAGUUUGUGUCACAGGAAUUGGUAAAUUUGUAAAAUCUGUAAAUUUGCAUACCGGGUUUUCUUUUGCUGAACUGCACUCUUUGGUAAAGAACAUAAAACCUGAAGGUUUUGUUUGCAAAUCAUGUCAGUUGCCUUCAUAAAUGUACAGGUAAUGAUUUGUUUACAGACUUAAUGAAGGUUUUAAUUACCAGAACUAUAACUGGAAAUAACAGUGUCAUGCAGUCGGGCUGUGUAAUUUAUAUUUUUUUCUGUGAAUUUUUUUUAACAUCAAGAUAUAAGUACUGUAUGAAAUUUUAAUUCUAUGAAAUCAAAUGCUGUAAAAGUAUUGCCAAAUGCUUUUGCAUAUGAGAAACAAAUUUAUAAAUAUUUUUAAAACAUCUCAAUGUACCAAAUCUUAUCCUGGUAUACAAAUGUAAUAUUCUUUCAAUAAAAAGCUGUAUAUCUGAAACAAUUUAAGUACUGAGAAAACACACAAAUUUACAAGAGAUGACCUAAACCCUGUUGUACAGGAAUAGAGGUGUAAACAGUUAUUCUAUUGUAAAGUACAUUGGAUUUUCUGUAUUCCCUGGUUAUCAUACAUUUUCUCCUCUAAAAAAUAAAAAAAAAAAUGAUUUAAGUCUUAAUUUUUAUGCCAUCUGUUAAUUUACCAACUAGUUACCUUGUAAAUGAGAAGUCACGAUAGCACUGAAUUUUAACUAGUUUUGAUUUAUAAGUUUGGUACUGUGAGGCAACUACUUAAAAUUUUUAUUUUAGUUAUUUAAAAGGCAUUUAGAGCUUCAAGAAUGACUUUUGUAUGCAACGUUGUUUUAAAUUUUGCAGUACUCUUCAUCAUAAGAAAACCUGAAAGUCCAUUGGAUGCUCUUCAAGACCACAGACUGGCUUUAGUCCCUUUUCACUUUGGCUAUUUUUAACAAUAGGACCUAUUGGUUUGGAUUAUUAUCUAAGAAUUUCAUGGAUUCACUCCUGAUGUAGGAGAUCAGAAAACAUUUAAUUCAUAACUUUUAUAUUAACCAAUGUAGUAAAAAAUAAAACAAACAAAAACUAAGUUGCCUUUCCUUGAAUGAAUCAUUCCUGAAUUUAAAAAAUGAAAGAAAAAGAAAAAAUAAAUUAAUGGUAUGUAGUCUAACUUGUAAAUGAAUGAUAUUGAAAUAAUACACACUGUGGAUAUUUUUAAGGCCUUACGUAGUUUUAAUUGUUCUGCUUGUUCUGCGGUUAUGUCUAAGACUAUAGUAUAUGAUUCUCUUCAAAGUAUAUCAAGUAUUGUGAAUGCUUUGGAUCAGAUGUGUCAAAUUAACAGUAAAACAAAUAUACCACUCA